AUGGCCGCCGCCGCCGUCGCCCAGCCCGUCGCCGCCGACCGCGCCAGCCCCGCCGCCGCCCCCGCCUCGCCGACCGCUGCCCCCGCCGCCGGCGUCAACAAGCGCUACCGCCCCGCGCCCGCGAAGACGUUCCAGUGCCGCGGCUACGGCGACUGCAGGAUGGUGUUCAGCAGGAGCGAGCACCUCGCCAGGCACAUCAGAAAGCACACCGGCGAGCGGCCCUUCACGUGCCAUUGCGGCAAGCAGUUCUCGCGCCUCGACAACCUCCGCCAGCACGCCCAGACCGUCCACGCCGACAAGCAGGACCAGAACGAGCGCAUGAUGCACGACCUCACCUCCCUCCACGCCAGCAUGACCGCCGCCACCAAGGGCGGGGCCCGCAAGCGCAACCAUGCCACGUCCGCCGCUGCCUCCGCCGCCGCCGCCGCCUCGAGCACCGUCCCCACCAUGGACAUCAAGCGCGAGGACGGCAUCCACGUCCUCCCGGCCUUUCACCAGCGUCCGGGCACCAGCACGGGCUACGAGGGCGCCGGCGCGCUCUACUCCGCCGCGGGCACCCCCUGGCACGUCCAGACGUCCGACGUCGACCGGCCCAGCAUGCGCCAGACGACCAGCCAUUCCUUUCGUGACCCCGGCCAGUCCUUUCGUAACCCUGCAGCCAUGCCUGCCGCUUCGUCAAACCCAUCUGCCCACCCCGCGCACCCGGGCCAGUCCUUUCUCGUCCCCUCCGCCGCCGCCUUCAACUUCGGUGUCUCCGAGUUCGUCAGCGGGUCUCCCGCAGGACAUGGUGGUCCGCCACGCGCCCCGCACGACGCCGCCCCAGCAUCAGCAGCCACAGUCCUCCCACCCCUCGCAGCCGUCGUCUCCGCCGCCCUCCCUUCCUCCAUCGCUCUCCCGCCCCCACCAACACCCACAGGCGCAGGUUAUCUCCCAGGGCCAGUCUCCGGGAGCACAGGGCCACUCACCGAGUCACAUGUACUUCCCUUACCCACACCCAGCGUCGGGCUUGGGCGACGGCCCAGCACCGCAGCUCGCCCAGGGACCGCUCCCGCCGCAUACUACUACUCCGCAUCCAAUGCUUACGGUGUCCCCGGAGCUGAACGGAUGGGCGCUCGCGCAGAGCUUCCACCAGCCGUCGGCCUACCCAGCCUCUCUGCAGUUGGACGUCAUGGGGGCGUCCAGAGCCUACGAGCUCGCGAUGGAUAUGGCUGGGAUGGACGAGACGAUGGCUACUACGAACGCGAGCCGACGUCUCCCGUCGGAGGGUACAGCGACUCUCCGUUUUCAUUCCACGCUCCAGCCACAGCGCCACUCACCCCAGACUAUGCAGCAGCACUACCAUCCGCACCGUACAGCAAUCCUCGGAAACGACCUUUCUCGGGAUCCGACGACGAUGAUGCUCCACCAGGCUCACGCAGCCGGGGAGGACCAGCAGAUGCUUUUUACGCAGGUGUCGAACACGAGUACGGCAGCGAGUCUCGCCCCCAGUCUCGGCGGCUCUCCGUCAUGGAGCUCUGCAAUGAGCCAGAUGGGGAUGCCGGUGGACCAGCAUCAGCUCGACCAAUUCUACCGCUAUCAGCAGCAUCAGGCCCGGGCUCAGCAGCAGCACGCGAACGUACCUCGCCAUCAGCCUUCUCGCGGCCCACCACCUCCGGACUCGUCACGAGUGCAUCACAACUCGCACUUGUCGACCGCGAUGUCACACCAGAGUCAGCAGCAGGCUCAGAAUUUGGCGGCGGGUAUGAAUACGGGACCGAGACUCUCCGCGGCGCAGGCGCAGCGGUAUUCGCUCGAGCUCCGCCGGCAGCAGGAGGAGCAGCUCCGGAAGCAGCAGGAGCAUUUGCGCUGGCAGCAGCACGAGGCGGCCCAGGAGCGCGAGCGCGAGAGGGAGGAGGUCCUCGCGAAUCGGCGCUUUUCGGAGGAGGAGGAGGAGUAUAUGCAGCGGAUCGCGCAAACGUAUGGCACCAACGUGAGUCCGCACCCGCUGGACACGCACCAGGUGCAGCUGGGUCAGGAUGGUCAUCCGUACUACACGCAGGGCUACCCGGUAAUGGACCAGGCUCACCUGUCGCUGGCGGAUGGGGACGCGGAGGAGUACCAGCAUCACCAGCAGAUGUUGGACGGGGCCUAUCACCUGGUGGACGGGCCGGAUCAACUGGAUCUGUCGCUGGAAGUCCACGGAGCUUCGGGAGCGGCGGGGGCGACGGGGCAGAGUCCCGAGGGAAUGAUCAAGUACGAAUCCCCGCUACCGUUGGAAUGAGGGCGUAGACGUCGCACGCGGGUAGCGCGAGAGGCCAGACGGCGCGCGACGUCUCGUGCGCCAACAACCAUGGCCUGUCCGUCGCUCGCGAGGAGAGCGGCCGUGUCUCGGCUAUAGUAAGGGCAACGGUUAAUCGUGCGUCUGCAAUUUCCCCGUUAUCUGGUUUCUUUUCAUGCUACCGCUUCCUGCUCUUGUUCUUCUGAUUCUUGGCAGCCUACGCCGAUGUUACCCAAUGUCCACGAACUGCAGGUGUUUAUAUCACAGUCUUCUAAUCAUCGUCGUCGGGCG